AUGGAAUUAUCUCUAAAAAUGUUUAAUGUACCAUCACAACAAUAUGAAGAAUUUUCAAGUUUCAGCAGCCAUUCUAAGCCUGAUUUGAAAAUACUUACUAAUUAUGGAAGACCUCGUCUUGAUAGUUUAACUUCAACUAUGCCAAAAGUUACAUUUGUUAGUAGACCUAUAAAAUCAUCAACAAAAUGUGGAUUUUUACGUUCAGGACAAUAA